AUGGCUCGCGACACGACGAUGAGAGCGUCGUUUAUCACGUUUAGUCCUUGGGGCAAAGUACUUUACCAAAGCAUAGGCUACGGGAUGUUGGUGAUGUCUAUGUUUUGCUGCAUCUACUAUAACGUAAUCAUCGCAUAUACACUGCACUACCUCUAUUUUUCCUUUACGCGUGUUCUCCCGUGGGCGGAUUGCACGCACUAUUGGAAUACAGAUGAUUGCAUGAAUUCUAAAGGUACCAAUAGUACUAAUUUCACAUCGGGACACAGUCGGCCUAGCCAGGAAUAUUUUGAUAAUCGUGUGCUAGGGAUAAGCGAUGGUAUAGACGAAUUAGGUGAGGUGCGCUGGGAGUUGGCCAUCUGCCUUAUUCUCGCCUGGACAAUGGUUUUUCUCUGCCUGGCAAAGGGAAUUAAAACAUCGGGAAAGGUGGUUUACCUGACAGCGACGUUUCCAUACGUCGUAUUGCUGUCUCUUUUCAUUCGAGGGUUGACUUUGCCAGGUGCGAUUGAUGGAAUAGCGUUCUACAUUGAGCCAGAUUGGUCCAAACUUGCCACAUCAAAGUUUGAAAGGGAUGCCAUCAUUGUUGCGUUUGUGAACUGCGGCACAAGCAUCUUUGCUGGGUUUGUAAUCUUUGCUGUGAUUGGCUUUAUGGCGAAAGAUGCCGGCGUUGAUGUGGAAACGGUUGUAGUGUCAGGCCCAGGACUCGCCUUUGUGGCCUAUCCAGAAGCUAUCGCCCGAAUGCCCAUCUCGCCUAUGUGGUCCAUCCUGUUUUUCUUCAUGGUCUUACUGCUUGGUCUUGGAAGCAUGCUAUGUAUGCUAGAGACUGUGAUAACCGGCAUUGUUGACGACGUUGAAACGCAUUAUCCAAGCAUUCGAAAGAGGAAACCUUACGUCACACUGGUGAUAUCCGUCUUCUUAUGCAUUCUGGGAUUGCCUCUCAUAACCCAGGGUGGCAUAUACCUACUUACACUGAUGAAUACGUUCUCGGCUGGUCUAACGUUGCUUCUGUUUGGUUUCAUAGAAUGCAUUGUAAUUUCUUACGUAUAUGGUGUGGAACGUUACCUCCAAGACAUAACAGCUAUGCUUGGUUUCCGACCGAACGCUUAUUGGAAAUACUGUUGGAUGGUAGUAGCCCCUCUCCUUCUCAUGUUUGUGAUCAUCUUUACGUUCGUGUCCUACAACCCAGCCAGGUACGGAGACGACUAUGUGUUUCCCUGGUGGGCAGAAAUGCUCGGCUGGUUUAUGACGGCUAGCUCUAUUGCACCAGUUAUCAUAUAUGGGACCUUCUACCUCUGCCAGGAGAGAGGAACUUUAUGGGAGCGUCUGAAAAAUUCAGUGAGACAUAACCGGCUUUGGGGACCUGUACUUGCGCAGCAUCGCAAAGAUGCUGGUUAUCACAUCCUAGAUCAAGACCAAGACGACAUCGACAAUCGACUGAACGCCUUCGCUGACACCAGUAAACCACACAAAGACCCCACCGACGAUCUCGAAUCGGCUAUUAGACCGGCCGCUAAUGGAGACUAUCGCAAGCUGGACAAGGACGAGGGUUCAGAUUUUAUCGCAGGCCCCACUCACCAUAGUCAUUUUCCAAAACAAAACGGCAACUACACUGAAAUUGAGUGUACGUUGUAAUAGCAUAAUUAAAUCUUCGUAGCAGCUGAGGAAAAUCUGAGAAAUUCCAGUUUCUAGCUUCCAUGCUCAGGGAAUAAAACGUUUUCAGCACUCUCUUAUAGAGCGUUCAUAAAUUUAAGACCAUACAUUGUUCUGUUUGUUAAAACAAAGUGUAUAUUUUACCUUCUAUAUAUCGAAUUUUGCCUAUCCUUAGUAAAAGUUAAGGUUGGAGGACACCCUCACUAAUCUAC